AUGUUCAACUUCAACUUUUUCAAGUCUGGCCCCGCUGAGGCUGAGUGCGCUCAGGAGAACACCUGGAACGCCAACACGGUCGCUAUGCAGCAGCCUUCUAGCCCUGCUGCCCCUUCUACCAACAACGUCGUGUCUGAACAGCCGGCAUCCCAGGAGCAGAUGCAGAUGCAGCUGCGCGGUGGUGGCGGCGGUUUUUGCUGCGGAAUUUGUGCCGGUCUUGCUUGCUUCGAGUGCUGCGAGAUUUGCUGCUAG